AUGCGAGCCGUGCUGGUGCUGUACUUUAAGUACUUCUUGCUCUGGGAUGAUGACUUGGCCACCUCCAUUUACCACACGUUUGUGGCUCUCUGCUACCUGACUCCCAUCCUCGGGGCCAUCGUGGCCGACUCCUGGCUGGGAAAGUUUAAGACCAUCAUCUACUUGUCCAUCGUCUAUGCCAUUGGCCAGGUUGCGAUGGCAGUCAGUGCGAUACAUGACAUCACUGACACGGACAGAGAUGGGAAACCAGACAACAUGACCUUCCAUGUCGCAUUGUCCAUGGUGGGUCUGUUGCUCAUCGCUCUGGGCACCGGCGGCAUCAAACCGUGCGUGGCUGCCUUUGGUGGAGACCAAUUCAGUGAUAGCCAGGAUAAGCAAAGGAGAACUUUCUUCUCUGUAUUCUACCUGUGCAUCAACGGUGGAAGUCUCCUGUCAACCAUUAUCACUCCCAUCAUCAGAGCUCAGGAGUGCGGCAUCCAUAGCAAGCAGAGCUGUUAUUCUCUGGCCUUCGGUGUCCCUGCAGCACUAAUGGUGGUCGCGCUCUUGGUGUUUAUUGUUGGAAGUGGUAUGUACUACAAAGCUGAACCACAGGGAAACAUCAUGCUGGAUGUGUGUAAAUGUAUUUGGUUUGCAAUUCGAAACCGCUACAGGCACAGAAGCAAGCAAUACCCAAAGAGGACGCACUGGAUGGACUGGGCAGAGGAAAAAUAUGAUAAACUCCUCAUCGCUCAGAUCAAAAUGGUGCUUAAGGUCCUCUUCUUAUACAUCCCACUGCCAAUGUUCUGGACCCUAUUUGACCAAAAGGGUUCAAGAUGGACUCUGCAAGCCACCACGAUGGAUGGAGAUUUUGGUGCCCUGGUUAUCCAGCCUGAUCAGAUGCAGACCGUCAACCCCAUCCUGAUCCUGACUCUGGUGCCUAUUAUGGACAGCUUAGUAUACCCUCUGAUCAAGAAGUGCGGCCUGAACUUUACACCUUUGAAAAGAAUGACAGUGGGGAUGUUUAUGGCUUCUAUAGCUUUUGUCUGUGCUGCUUUGGUCCAGAUUGAAAUUGAUAAAACACUGCCCGUCUUUCCAUCCGCCGCCCAGAGUCAGCUGAAAUUACUCAACAUGGGCAAUAAUCCAAUUACAGUUCAGUUGCCUGGCAAUGAGACAACUGAACUUCCUGGAACUAUGGCCAGCCUCGAUUACUUCACGUUUGAAUCAGAAGAAAUCAUGGUUUCAAUCGGCACCCCUGCAGUGACAAAACUAGUUUCCUUGGCCAUGGGAAAACGACAAACACUCCUUAUUCCCUCAGACCUCGUUGAGGAAUGGCUGAUGACUGAUGAUUUGACUUCCAAGCCAGACGAAGGAAAAAAUGCAGUCCGAUUUGUAAAUGGAAUGAACAUGAUGGUGAACGUCACCACUCCUUCAGUCAACUUCGGACUAACUGAGCCAUUUUAUUAUUCCAACUACUCCCUCAUCAAAAGUGGAACGCACACGUUCACUCUGUGGAGUGACACACAGUCAUGUAGCUUCAGCAUGGCGUUUGGAUUCGGAAGCUCAUAUACCUUCUUCAUCGGCAACAAUUUGUUCUCGGAUUGUCUGAAGUCGAUUACUGUCGUACAAGACAUUAAGCCAAACACAGCUAGCAUGGCCCUCCAGAUCCCACAGUACUUCUUCAUAACUCUUGGUGAAGUGAUGUUUUCUGUCACUGGUCUGGAGUUCUCUUACUCACAGGCGCCUAGUAACAUGAAAGCAGUGCUGCAGGCAGGCUGGUUGUUUACUGUCGCUGUUGGCAACUUCAUCGUCCUGAUCGUGGCUGAGCUCGCAAAGCUUCCCAAGCAGUGGACCGAGUACGUCCUCUUCGCCUCUCUCUUGGUUGCGGUGUGCUUUAUCUUCUCUGGUAUGGCAUACUUCUACACCUACAUUGACCCCACAGAAAUCGAGGCCCAGUUCAAGAAGAAGGAUGAUGAAGAUGAUGACGACGAUGAUCAAAAAAGCAAGCCACAGAAGGCAGAGAUGGAGAUGGUCAAGAGAGGCUCAGUCGAUAGUGACGAUUGAGAUGAUAAAUGAGCCAAGAUUUGAGCAGUAAGGAGAGAAAAAAGCAGAUUCCAUAGUAAUGCACUUAUGUAGGAAAGUUUGAUAUCGGCACAUAAAAUGUACACGGAAGAAUGUAUGUGUGUGACUGUGUGUGUGAGACUGUGUGUGUGUGUGCGUGCAUGGGUGUGUGUUGAAUAUUUUAUAUUUUAAUGGUAACAUGGUUAUCAUAGGCAAGCCCUUUAACAGUACAUUCCACACAACACAUUGACAGAAGCUUAACUUGGUGUUGUAACAACAGAUAAAUGCUGUUAUUUCCUAAGAUUUAUACGUCACUGAAUGUAAUUGCCCUUUUAUAUUUAUGCUUAAGUUAUGUUCAAGUGAGCAAUAAAAAUUAAUUCUGUC